AUGUUCAUCAAGACUGCGCUCUACCAAGCGCUGGGCUUUGCUCUUCUCUCGCAUGCCUUGCCUACCACGUCAUGCCGAGCCCCGGGCUUGUCUCUCACGCCCGUACACACUGUCCCCGGAACCCAGGGCUUGGAGAACCUGGCUGUUCGAAGCAACGGCCACGUUCUGGUAACCUCCAUUCAAUCGCCGACGCUCUAUCAAGUGUCGCCUUCUGCAUCGGAGAAUCCCCUCACCGUUGCUGAGUUUUGCGGCGUCACCAGUUUAACCGGCAUCGUCGAACUACAGGCCGACGUCUUUUACGUGAUUGGUUUGAAUCUUACAGGAUUAGCCGCCGUUUCUGGUUCGACAGGUUUGUGGAAAGUCGAUUUGCGCAACUCGAGCAUCUCAGAUGACGGAACGACGCUUCGGCCCGCAGAGGUUUCUCUGGUGACGAAUUUCCCUGACGCGGGCUUGUUCAACGGCAUGGAUCGACUCGCUCAAAACGACACCUCGCACGUCUUGAUCUCCGAUUCGGGAGCCGGUACUGUCACAAAGGUCAAUGUCGAUACUGGGGCAUUCGAGACGGUCAUCGAGGACCCGCGCAUGUCAAUUACUACAGAGGAACUACUCCCAAUCGGGAUCAAUGGUCUCCACGUUCACGAGGACAAUCUAUUCUUCGUCAACUUCAACCAGGCCGUCUUCGCCAAGGUGCCCAUCUCGCUGUCCACGGGUCGCGCAACUGGUCCAGUCGAAGAUUUGGCGACCAUUAACUCGGGAGACGAUUUCAUCUUGUCAAGAGAUGGAACAAAGGCCUGGAUCGCCGAGCAUGGACCGAAUGUUCUGGUUGAAGUGAAUAUCCCUCGCAAGACAUCAAGAAUCGUCGCCAAUUCCACGCUACUCCUGACCGCUUCUGCCGUGGCGCUUGGCAGGACGACCUCUGAUCAUAAUAGCCUGUACAUUGCGGCUGCCACCAACGUCAAUGGCACCGAUGUAGGCCAGCUUGUCCGCGCGGAUUUCCCAUAUGCCCUGUGA